UUUAUCAUUUAAUUUUUGGACUAAUUGUGCCUUUCACGGAAAUACCAAUAUGAACCAUACGUCUGAAGAGCAUCUUAAGUAUCAUAAAACUGAUAAGUUUGAAAGUAUAGAUGAUAAAAGAAAAGUAAAGCGAUUUUGAUAUUUGCAUUGAUUUCAAACGUCAAGUGUGUGUAAAAUAUUUAAUUGGUUUGAAGAUUUACGUGUUCUUAAACAUCCGUUUUUCCAAGAUUCUUAUUUUCCUAAAAAUUCUCUUAUUGUGUAAAUCAGAUGAAUUACUCAUUCGAAAAAAGACAAGAGAAGAAUUCGCGGGUAAAGAUAUAUAACUUUAAUAUUGUGAUGACUAGUGUUAAAUUUUAUUCAUAGGAUUUAAGAAUGAAAACAAUGUAAUUUGAGAACUACAAAACUUUAAUGUAUAGUUAUUCAGAAAAUUGUCACACCGCUCUGAUACUUUAAAUAUAGUUUCAGGCAUAGAAGAGUUCAAAACACUGUACUAUAUUGGUUUUGUUAUCACCUUGGAUACUAAGUAUGAAUGUUUGAUGAGAUACGGUGAGAAAUUGGACAUGCAAGUAUAGAUACUGCGUCAUUCUAACAAUGUUUGAUACAGACACCGGAAUUAACAUUAAGGUAUUUUGCAUACGCUAGCAAAAGCCAGUGCGAGUGAAUUCACCGAUGUUAAAUAUAAUCUCAAACAUACACAGAUAAAAAUAAUAUGUUUUACGAACAAAGAUUUGUUAUAUGACGCGUUUAUGAAUAACGGAUGUAAGAAAAAGGCACACCAAACAUGGAACAAGAUACAAAGUUUUCGCGGUUUAUGUUCCACCUUAAAUUUUCGCAGACUGAAGACUAUUUGCAUGAACAUGAACUUUACGAAGUAAUGAGAUCAAGAAACUUGUACCAAACUCAGUUCGGAGUGCGGUCUAAUUUCAAAAAGAUUAUGAGGAAUCUUUCUAAAGAUGAAAGGCAAACAAGAUAUGGCUUCGAAAACACGAGGAAAUUAUUCGUUCAAAAAAUGAAAGAAAGACGAGAACAGAUUGAUAAACUUCGUGAUAGUACUAGCAAUAAAUUGAACAGUCUUUCAACAACGCAGGAAAAAUGUAAAAAGAUAGAACGCCAGUAUGUACCAUUGCCACAAUCAACAAUUGUUUAUACGGCGUUCCCGCCGAUUGAAUCCCGGGAACCAGAAACAAUAUAUGUACAGCCCCUUUCGCAAGAAAAUAAAGACAAACCUGAUGAUGCAACGUUACUACCACCUGCACCUUCACCAAGUAUGGUUGCAACUGUUUUUACCGAUGAUAGAAACGUAAAGAAGGAAAAGUCCUUACUGACAGAUGAUCAGAGACCAAGAGAGCAGUUUUACACGACAAACGUACUCGUUGCUGGAAAAACAGGACCACAGACUGUAACAACAAAACUGGUAAGAUCUAAGAAAGCUACUAGCAAUGAAGACAGCGAACCAGUUGCAGAAAUGAUUGAACAUGAAGAUCUAAAGGAUCAUUUAAAACGAUUAAAACUAGAGGGAAACGGAGAAAAUGAAGACAAGUUUAAUGACGAUUUUGAACAGAAAACAAAACUAGGUGAGGGAGAAGCACAGGUGUCAACAGUUUAUUUGAUUAACAAAAUUCCUAAACGAUUUACACUACGAAAAUCAUCAAUGAUACCAACUGAGUCAAAAGUAAAAUUUUGGGCUGAAAAGCAUGGCAUCAUAGAAAGUAAAGCUAAUCUGAGAAAAGAGGCAGAUUUCCAACGCAUGCUUAUUGAUCGUCCGUCUAAAUGGACUAUGAAUAAUUGUUACGAUGAUAUGGUGCAGUCAAAAAUCCUUGAUAUGAGGUUAAAAUAUUCGAGGAGGAUGGUGACUGACAGUUUCAGAAGAAAAUCGCGACAGUUAGAUCAUUUGUCAGAGAAACUGAUGCUUAAGCAAAGAAUAUCUCUACCAGAAUUGAACACAGCACCAAGACCAAUGGUGUCGCUUGAUCCAGGCGGAACCACGCCAGAUGGAAGACUAAUUUUAACAAAGGCUGAUUAUGAAGAAUAUCUUUCAGAUUACAAGAAGGCGAGAAAUGUGAGACUUGAAAGAUCAAAGAAGAGAAAUCGUUUGUUAGAAAAGAGAAUUGAAAACUUCAUACUGGAGCCGAAACUUUGUUUGAGAGAUGACACAUCCUUGCGAGCUUCAAUGCACACGAUUUGAACAUAGUACUUAUAUAUUUUAGGUACUAAUUGUAAUAAUAAUGUUAAUUUCAACUCACAUGGAGUAGAUACUUUAACUUUUCUUGGUAUUACCGUUACAAUAUGCUGAUAAAUAAACUUAAAUUUGAUAGACUUCGAAAAAUAUGGGUCCGAUAUGUCUGUAUUUCUUGUUAUCGUCUUGAUGAAAAGUCAAAUCAAAGAUCUAAAUGUAGCUAAACAUUAUGUACAUAAAGAGUCUACCGGCUGUAUGCCCAGCCGACUAUCGUGUUUUAUCACAGGGAUGAUAUAUGUGCUUUUGUGUAUUAAUGUCUGCAGACGCCUGGGGGUUUGUAGGUGACCGAGACCAUAGGUAGAGGUCACUAACAUAAAUCUGGGAUUGUUUAGAUGUUAAUACUGAAACAAAUUUAUCAUGUUGCUCAGGUGAUGAGUCUUUCAUUCGUGCACAACUUUUUAUUUCCAUUCUGGUUGUUCUUGAAAAAGUGGUCAGCAUGUUUUGAACACCCAUAACCGGGGCGCAAAACAAAAAAACAUGUAUGAUCAUUGUCGCGCGAUAAUGUUUAUUUCUCUAUAAUUACAAACAUGACAUAGACGAUUCUUUUCCAUAUCAUUUAAACAUUUGGUAAACAUGAACACAAUUCAUAAAUAAUAUUCUUUAUUGGAAUUAUUUUGAGAACGGUACCGAAUUAGUCUACUCCCAAAGUUUAUCUUGUGAGUAAUUAAAUAAAAGCAUACCGCUUAACAAUUGAUAAAUCGCACAAAAUUACAAUGGGAGUAUGCAGGUAAUACCUGGGGCGGAUCUAUAUGGGAAAAUGGCGGUACUUUGGGGUUGGUAACUAACACUGGAUUGCACAUUUCAUGCUACAAAAAGAAAUUUUGUAUAUAAAAAGUCUUGUUUUUAUAUUAGUUUUCUUUCGUACGUGUCUAGAUCCAAUAAAAAUGGCAGUUUCAAUACAGAAAUAUGAGUUGUAAAAUGCAAAAUACGAAAUUAUUAAACUCACAUUCACUUUUUGCUUUUUCCUGUGUUUGUGUAAAGAAUUAGUAUUUAUAAAUUCAUUUGCCUGAAAAAACGGUUACUUUAGUUCUACUCUCGGCAAUAAUUCUCUACGCCAUGUGCAAACACAUUGGUAUGUUUUUUAUUCAUUUUUUGUUCUCAAAGGUAUAUAAUAUCAAAAUUAUAAAACGAUGCUGUGAUGAUAAUUUCGAUGAGGAUUCAUUUUAUUCAAUGAUUGUGACCCUUGAAGCUUAGCAUAAAUUUUCGCAGUAAUAAAAGCUUGAAGCACCAUGAUGAAAAUAAUAACCAAAAACAACUAUUUUAAAUAAUUAUCUUCUUUAAAGUUUUGUCAAUGUAGUUUCAUAAUAUCAAUUACAUAUUCGUUUUAAAACAUUACUAAAUAACACACCUUAGAUGUUCCAAAAAAGAAGUGACUACUCUAUAGUUGAAAAUGUAUUUCCAUGGUGUUGAUGAAAUAUAGUAUAAUUAUUAAUAAAAGGAUGUGAGUUUUCAGGUUUUUAGAUUUAUUCAGUCAGUAAAUACGCGUAACAGCAAUAUUCAUAGGAACAUUUCCAGAGGGUGUUAUUUUUUAACAUAUUAUUUUUCAUAUUUGUAACUUAACAUCUCAAUUGUUUAUAUGAAAUACAGAAGAAACUGGAUACAUAAACUGUAACCACGUGAAUGAAAACCUUACCAACAGGCUAUUAAACUUAUUGAAUAUGUCUGCUUUUGACAAAAGGUGCUAUGAUUUUACAAUUUAUGGGCGGAGGGGUUAACUGAGUCUUUGUCCUCUAAACAACUUAAAGAUUUUACUUGUAGUUACAGGAUACACACCUUUUUCAAGGGUCUUUUUUUUUUUUUUUUUUUUUUGUCUUUUUUUUUUUUUUGAUAAGGUUUAUGUCAGUUAGUUCGAAUUAAAAUCGCGAGAGUUACAAACUUUGUUAAUUGUUUCCACCUAAUAACUUGAGUAUUUGUAAUUCCUAAAUUAACAUAAAGAACACGUUACUCUAUAUCAUAUAUCACAUUUAAUAACCAGGAUUUCAGGAAGUGAUGUUUCGGCCGUGUCCGCUUAAUAGUUACUAGACCUUACGCAAACUUUUACAGAAAGUAUUAAAUUGCAUGUUUUGAGGCUAUUUUGCCAAAGAACACGGUUAUCCACAAAUGAAACUGGAUAUGAAAGGAGGAAUUUAACAAUCAAGAAAUCAUAUUGUGUCCCAAGUGUUGAACUGAAUAUGAAUCUGUAUUUUCAAAUAUGGCAUUGAUUCCUAACUAACAUAAUACGUUUUUAUUUCGUCAGCCAUUUCUUGUCACGACCAUCUGAUAAGUUUAAACCCAUGCAUAUAUACUAAUACUGUUCAUGUAAAAUACCUGAUAGAAAGACCCUCUACCUCUGAUUCAUGUGGGGCAGUUGCAGUUACUUACGGAGAACAGGUUUGUACUGGUACAGAAUCCAGGAAUACUGGUUAGGUUAACUGCCCGCCGUUACAUGACUAAAAUACUGUUGAAAAACGGCGUUAAA